GGCGAGCGAGUUGUCAUCUGAAUGCAAGAUAAAAGUCGCAGAAGUGAAUGUGAAAAAUUUUAGCUGGUUGUCGCUAAUAACAUUGCCGGAAGUUGACAUUGUUUUACUUGAUUCGCUACGCAUAACUUAAUAACCAGAACAUUGAAAUGGCUGUUGCUCCAGUAAUUAUCCAAUCGGCCGCCAAACACACCUCAACGCUCAUCUUCCUGCACGGCCUGGGGGAUACCGGUCAUGGCUGGGCCACUACCAUGGGGAUGAUUCGAACUCCGGAUAUGAAGGUCAUCUGUCCGACAGCCCCAACUAUUCCGGUGACGUUGAAUGCUGGUUUUCGGAUGCCUUCGUGGUUCGAUCUAAAAACACUCGACAUCGGUGGACCCGAAGAUGAGGAAGGCAUCAAGAAAGCGGCUCGGAAUGUGCACGAAUUGAUUCAGAGCGAAAUUCAUGCUGGCAUUUCUGCCAAUCGGAUCAUGCUAGGCGGCUUUUCACAAGGAGGAGCCCUCGCAUUAUAUGCAGCACUAACUUUUGCGGAACCUUUGGCUGGAGUUAUGGCACUCUCGUGUUGGUUGCCAAUGCAUAAGCAAUUCCCGGGAACUCUCAAGUGUCCAGAUACAAUACCGAUUUUACAAUGUCACGGCGAUUGCGAUCCAGUAGUGCCGUACAAAUUUGGUCAAUUAUCAUCAAGUGUGUUAAAGUCUUUCAUGAAAAACUCUCAAUUCCAAUCGUAUAGAGGUUUAUCACAUUCCUCCUCUGAAGCUGAGUUAGAGGAUAUGAAGAAAUUUAUCGAAAAACAUGUUCCUCGUCAGUGAAUUGCUGGUACACUACUUCUUUAAAUAGAUGUAAACCAUGAACGUAAUUUGAAACCAAUAUAUAUAUUUAAUUUAGUUUCCAAACUAAAUUCCAAAUUGAACAAAAUUCGAAACACCUACAUACUUACUUUAGUCUUACACAGUCAAUCAGUCGAUAGUUUUGAAAAUAAAAUUGUAAUCUAGGGAUGUAGAACCAAUAUAACAGAUUUAAAUAAAGAACCCGAUAACACGACGAAUAAUGAAUCGCAAAGAUUAAGUAAAACCCCUAAUGACAAUGAACUAAAAGCAAAACAAUAAGUAUUCCAAUCAAACCACAAUAAGCGUUUUCAACAUUGAGAUUAUAUAAAGCAAACAUGAAGGCUAAUCAAGCACACUGAUUGAGGGAAAAUAAAUAAGUCGUACUAAUAAUUGUGUCAUGCAAAAAACAAGCUGAAGGUAUAACUUAAAAAAAAAUCGAUUUUUAAAAAUUCCACUUUUAAUCAUCUCUACCUCUCCGUUACAAUUUUAUCCCGCAAGUUAGAUGGCUUGAUAUCAGUUUGUAAACAGCACUAAAGUUUUGAAGCAGAACGUGGAUGAGUUAUGUGUAAGGUGUUCGCAUGAGACUUUGACAGGAACGAACGGAAAAUAAACCGUAUUACAUCUCGGUUCAAUAUGCAUGAUGAAAACAAGGAAAAAUGGCUCUGUAGUGACAGUUUAAUUAAAAUGUAUUUAUUCAGCUAUCGAUCUUUUCCGAGUUAAUUCGGACGAAAAUGUAAAACUACUAUGAUGGUACUGAGUGGAAGUGAAAGAUAUUGAAAUAUAU